ACCCCUAAACUGGUGACGAAAUUAACAAAACAAAGAAAUUGUGUCAUUGCAUUGAACAGCUAAACAGCAUACACACGACAAGUUGGCACAUAAGGUUCAAUAAUCUGAUAAUGGAACAAGACGUUUUGACUACAUUGAAGAUUUUAAUCAUCGGAGAAAGUGGAGUGGGAAAAUCAAGUUUGUUGUUGCGUUUUACGGAUGAUACAUUUGACCCUGAACAAGCAGCAACUAUAGGUGUUGAUUUUAAAGUGAAGACACUGCAGGUAGAAGGAAACAGAGCUAAACUUGCCAUCUGGGACACAGCAGGACAAGAAAGAUUCAGGACCCUCACACCAAGUUACUACAGAGGAGCCCAAGGGGUUAUUCUUGUGUAUGAUGUAAGUAGUCGACAGUCCUUUAGUAAACUUGAAACCUGGUUAAGUGAAUUGGAAACAUUUUCUACAAAACAUGACAUCAUAAAAAUGCUGGUUGGAAAUAAAAUUGAUAUGGAUAAAAGAGAAGUGAGUAAAGAGGAUGGAUUAAAGUUUGCCAGAAAACACCAUAUGUUGUUCAUCGAGGCCAGUGCCAAAACUAAAGAAGGUGUACAAUGUGCAUUCGAAGAAUUGGUAGAGAAGAUUAUACAGACGCCCGGACUCUGGGAAACAGACAGAAGAGGAUUGCAAUUAGAACGAGAUGGAAACACACAACAAGCAGCAUGUGGAGGUUACUGCUCUGUGAUAUGAACUUCAACAGUAUGCUGUUAUUAAAACCUUUGGUUGUCAUGAUGAAUAUUUUUUAAAAAAUCUCAAGGUGCUUUCAUAUUUAUAAAAGAUCGAUUAUGUUUGGUUGAUGUUAAAGUGUUACAAUGUAUUUAUAGUUAUUUCUAUAUAAGAUUAUGUAUCAAACCUGAUAUAUGUGUGUCAAAAAUGUGAUACACAACAAAUCUUAUUUUUAGUUACCGGUAACAAAAGAGAAAAAUUUCAGAUAUCAAUUUAAAAAAUUUAAAAAAACAAGUGUAGAUAAUAAAUACUGGUAUAUGUCAACUAAUAUGAAGCAUCAUAAAUGUCAUAGGAUAUUCAAAACCAUAAAUCUUUUAUGAAUGUUUAUAUUACACAAUGGUGUUUCAAUGCUAAAAGUGAAGAGAGAAAAGUCACUGAAAUUAUAAAGAAUGACAAAUCAUUUGAAUAAAGAAAUACGUAAUUUUUCACAUAAACUUUAAAUAGUGAGUGUUCUACAAUCGUUUAACUUGGCAUUAAAAUGCAUAUAAGGGAUCAUUACAGCCUUCUUACCAAAAGCAGGUGACUUUGCAAUACAUUUUAUAUUGAUUUACUUAAACUAUGUUUUAUUUAAAAAGCCAUUAUAGGAUACUAAAUGACCUAUAAUAAUAUAGUUAGGUGUAAAGAAGCUCACAACAAGGUAACUGUUUCCUUCGUUUAAUGCUUCCUAUAUCUUAUUUAUGAUUUGCAUCAAGUUUUCAGUUUAGGAAUCCCAGUUAUGGUCAAUCAUGUAAUUUAGAGUAGCUUUAAACAACAAUAGCUCAAUUCUGACCUACAUUUAAUCCUAAUUUAACUUAUGGGCAUCACUAAUUAGUCUUUUGUAGCUGAAAUGCACAUCUUGCAUACUAAGUUAUAAGCCUGAUAUCUUUGAUGAAUAUAUACUUUUGUUUAUUUGAAGUUAUUUUUUUUUACUUAUGUAUUUCCAAUCAUGUAAACUGGUGGUACUUAAAAGAUCUAAUACUAAGAUUUAAGCUAAAAACCCAGUCAUGGAGACAUAAAGAACCACAAACUGAAAUUAUGCAGUACACCAAUAAGUUUAAAUUACUACUUUGGAUUCAAAGAGGCAGUUGUGAGAACCCAAUGAUUUUUUAACUAUGUUUUUUUAUUGGUUAUAUCUUUUUAUGGUUCUCAAAUGUUUUUUUUUUAAAUUAUUACAAUGGGUGAUAGCAUCGAGCAAAUUGUUUUAAUUUUAGUUUAUUUUGACUGAAAACAAUUUUUUGAAUUCAGUAUACUUGUAUAUAGAAAUCUGAAAACAAUUUUUUGAAUUCAGUAUACUUGUAUAUAGAAAUCUGAAAACAAUUUUUUGAAUUCAGUAUACUUGUAUAUAGAAAUCUGAAAACAAUUUUUUGAAUUCAGUAUACUUGUAUAUAGAAAUAAGGUAAUACAUAUACAUUGGAUUUCCUGCAUACACAUGAAAUAAUUGCCACUAUAUAUCAAUUAAUCAUAGUUGUACGUUUAAAUUUAUAUGGGGGAUGAAGUAAUAACUGUCAGACUCUAAUUUAUGGAAGAAAUAUAAAUGAAUUUAAGACCAAAUUAAUAUGUAUUUCAGGUAUUUAGAACCCCCAUCUCCUUUCCCAUAUAACUGUAAGUGGAUUAGUCUUUCUAUAUUAAAAUGGGUUUUUAAUUAUUGUUAUGCUGAAUGUAAUUUAUUUGUUGAUUUUUUUAAUAUAAUAUUUACAAGCAUAGCAUAAUAUUUAUGCACAUGAGAUAUCCUGAUAGUUAUGUAGUUCUUUUGUUUAUAAUCCUCUUGUUAGUGAUGGGUUUUUAUUAUGCAUUUAAAAUACUGUAAAUUCAGAAAUUAUUGCCAGGCUUUUUAUUUAUGCCACUGAAUGAGUAUCCCAAUAAUAAGAGCUGGCAUUCUGAUAACUGUAGGCAGAAUUUCUUGAAAUCGCAAUUAUUAAUCUCCCAUUUUUGCCCUUUCUUCAAAAAUCACAGUAAUGCACACAAUAUUUUCUGAAUUUACAGUAACACUUAUCAUUGAUUUUAAUUUGUUGAUUGUGUAUAUCAUUGUAUAUAUUUUAUUUUAAAUGUUAUGUGCAUAUAUAUGAAUUAAGAUUGUAUUUGUAAAGUUUGAUUGCUGUAUUUGUAAGUUAGAGUGCAUAUUUUAGACCCCAUAGAGUGAACCUUUAACCAUUAAAUGAGGUUCAGAAAUAAAUACCUGUAUUGAAAUUCACAAAAUACAAUACUUAUUUUAUUUAUUAUUGACCACAAGCCGACAGAACAUCCAAAUAUGUGACCUAAAAUUUAUCCAUGGAAAAAUCUUUGCAACAAGAGCAAAUUUAACAUGCACACUAAUACAUUUAUUAUGAUGUUAGGUAAUAAUCCUGUUUGGUACAUUUAAAUGAUUUUAAAAAUUCGGACCGGUAAUAUAUUUUGUCAAUUUUAUCAUACAUAUCAUGAAAACAAUGAGAGAUCAAAAGAUACUGGCUCUUUAAUGCAUUCUAGUCUAAGUCUAAGAUCUGUUUGUUAGGAUAAAUUAGGGAACAUUUUCUCCUCAUAUUACUUGGAAUAGCAUUGAAAAGUUACCUAGACUCAUUGUCGAAAAUUUGAUGAUGUAAUAAUUGAUUGCUAAAUACAUUGUUAUAGGCGCUUAAAUUUUCCAAAAUAUUACUGGAAUAGUUGCAGGCAACUGUCAGUGAUAUUGGUAACAAAGUAGUGGCAAAACUAGACAAAAAAAUGAUAGCCAGAGCCAAGUUUGGAUUCUGAAUGGCCAAUUGAAAAAACAUUCUGAAAGAAUGAGGCGAAAUGCUUUGAAACUUCAGGGGAUUAAUCACAGCUAUCUUUUCAAAGCUUAUUUUAUAAAAAAUUAUCCUUUGAGCAAUCAAGGAGCCUCCAGUUGUGUUGUUAUUACAGGAAUUUAGGAAUAUUCUUUCACAAAGUAUGAAAUUAUGGUUCAGUGUUUAUGUUAUGUAAAGCAACAGAAAAAUAGGUAUUUACUGUAAAUUCAGAAAUUAUUGCGAGGUUUUUAUUAAUGGAAAUAAUGUGACUGGAUGAGAAUUGCAAUAAUAACGAACACGCAUUCUGAUAAUCUUUAUGCUUUUCCUGAAAUUGCUACAAUUCAUUUCGCUUUUUUGUUCAGUUUUCAAAAAUCGCAAUUAUAAAUGCACACAAUAAUUUCUGAAUUUACAGUACUUGAAAAUGAGCAAACUUUUUAUUUGUAUGAUAAUGCAUUUUCUUAUGAAUUUAUUUAAAUCUAAUGAGUGGUGAAGAAUUGCUUUAUCUAUUAGUAUGUAUACAGAAUCAUAAUAAGAAGGAAAAAUUAAAAUUUCGAAACUGC